AUGGGUGUGGCUGGUGACGCGGCGGCGGCGGGCAGGAAGCGCCGCACCGGCACGCGGUGCGAGCUCUGCGGGGGCGCGGCGGCGGUGCACUGCGCCGCGGACUCGGCGUUCCUCUGCCUGCGCUGCGACGCCAAGGUGCACGGCGCCAACUUCCUGGCGUCCAGGCACCUGAGGCGCCGCCUGCCGCGCCCAGCCGCCGCCGCCGAGUCCGGGCGGGCGUCGUCGGCGUCGUCCACGUCCAGCAACUCCUGCGUGUCCACGGCCGACUCCGCGGAGUCAACCGCCGCGGCGCCGGCGAGGGCGGCGGCGGCGUCCGCGGGGAGGGCUCCGGCGCGGCGGCGGCCGCGCGCGGAGGCGGUGCUGGAAGGGUGGGCCAAGCAGAUGGGGUUCGCAGCGGGGCCCGCGCACCGGCGCGCCGCGGCGGCUGCCGCCGCGCUCCGGGCGCUGGGCCGGGGCGUGGCCGCCGCCCGCGUCCCGCUCCGCGUCGCGAUGGCCGCCGCGCUCUGGUCCGAGGUCACCCCCGCCCCCGCCUGGUGCCGCGGAAAUGGAGGGGACGCCGCGCUGCUCCGCCGGCUGGAGGCCGCCGCGCACGUGCCGGCCAGGCUGGUGCUCACCGUCGCGUCGUGGAUGGCGCGCGCGAGCUGCACGGCCGCCCUCGCGGCGGACCCGGAUGGCCAGGACCACGAGGAGGGAUGGGCCGAGUGCUCCUGA